UUUAUUGAUAAAGUCGAUGAGUCCAAUAUUUCUAUGCAGAUGCGAAGUCUGUCAAACGCAAGACGUUUUCGGGGGCCUCUAAAUGCAUUUUGAAUUAAAUUUAGGUACAAUUGCCCAUACCGUUGUUGAAUAUUAAUCAAUUUCUGACCGGCCGCUUGCCUUCAGUUGGGCUCCGGCCACCCAAGUAUUUGGUGGUCACUCGAUUCAGUUUAGUUCGGUUUUUGCUUUUGCUGGCAGCGGUUUCGGUUUCAGAUUGAUUUCUAGUUGUGAAUUUCAUUGACAAUGUUGCGAUUGGCCAGUUCCACAUAUAGUUCCAUAUGUUGUGUUAUAUUUCUAAAUUUUUUGUGGCUGCUGCUGCUGACGGCGACAUCGGCGAAACCAACCAACUCCACUGAUUCCAAUCCCACGAAUGAAAUGCAACAUGUGACUAGCUUUGUGAACCAGAAACCGAAAUCCGGAGACCGUAUGGAGUUCGAUUUUGAGCGGAAUGAAGCGGAGGCCACCAACUCGGCACACGUGCAUCAGCUAUUCGGCAGUUUGCUGCAACUGCCAGGAAAGGGAAACAUGAGUCUGGAGCUGUCUUUGGAGACGGAUGACGAGCCGGUCAGUGAACGCAACCAGCUGGCUGAUGAAAUGGAUCCCAUUGGAGAGCAGCAUGAGGGCUUUACCGAAUCUGAGGACGCCUGGCAUCGCAUCAAGUUGAAUAUUCCGGUUCUUGAGCCUGUGAAGCACCUGAUCAAUACGGUGGGCGGUGGCGGGGUGAACGACUCACAUGUCAAGAGCAACACCCAUCGGCUGAUCGGACACCAUGGCGUCCACGAAACUCAUCAUUCGGGCGGUAACAUCAGCUCUCCGGCAAUCGAAACGGAGGAGGAUCGGGAGACGGCCAUCGACAGCACUGGCUUCGAUGUCCUGGAAACGCUGGGAACUGCUGGCACGGUACUCAUUGGCAUACUGCAGAAUCUCCGAAAGCUGUUCGCCGCCAGCGUCGGGAAUGCAAGUUCGGCUUCCUCUGGCGGUGGUGGUGGAGGAAACUAGUUGAUUCCUUCCGUAGCUUGAGUUCUGUGAUUAAUAUUAGCCCUACGUUUAUUGGACUCCCGUCAAUCUUGAUUCUAACUAAUAAAGUGAACGAAAUGUAAUGAAAACAACGAAAA